CAAGCCCAAGCUCCCAAGCAGAGAGAAGACAGCGGAAGCGCAGCACAGGUGGACCAAACUGAACUGCAAUCCAACCUCUUCCUCUCCAACUCCAAGGGCAGGGCAGGGCAGGGCAGAGCAGAGCUGCAUGGAUUUGUGCAGCUGAGUCCUCACCCUCCCCUCCCGGCCUCCCCUCAGCUGCAAGUGCGACAGCGAAGCCACCAUCUUCCAUCGAUUUCUCUUCUGCAAUAAAUUAAGGCAAUCCCCUCCCUUCCUUUCUCAGCGCAGCGCCUGCUUGCUGGAGUAUAAAGACCAUGCCUUGUCCUCAUCCAUCUUCUCGCCCUCGGGGGAUCGGAAGAUCUGAGAGACCUUGCUAAGAUAAAAAGAGAGUUGACAGUCUCUGGUCCGGAGAUGAUGGAGGUGGAGAAGCCGUGGGAGUCCAAGGAGGAAGUGGGCAUCACGGAGGAGGAGCAGGAGGACAACGCCGCUGCCGGGGGCCUGCAGACAAGGAAGAGGAAGAAGAAGCCUAUGGCGGACCUGGACCUUGGCCUAGCUGGGCAUGCCAGUAAUGGAGAUGAGGAGGCGCUCCUCAAGGCAGCAGAGGAGGAGGAGGAGCACACGAGCGUCUUCGUGGAUCCAACCAAAGGUCUAUGGAAGUGCCGGCACUGUGAUUGGACAUACCGGUUGAGUACUCCAUGCAGAGAUGAUAUCCUGAGCCAUCAAGGAUAUUGCCAAAUUGCGAGGAAUCUUGAAUUGUUAGUUCAGAACGAACCAUUUUAUAAUUCGUCAGACAAAGUUUCUGAUAAUGUCACUGAAGUAAGUGCUGAAAAAGAAGUCACAGAAGCAGCACAAUUAGGAGGUGAAAACAAAAACGUAAAUGAAACUUCAAGUGCAGAAGGCAAAGAGCUUGAGAAACAGGAAAAUGUCAGUGCUCAAGAAACUAAUCACAAGUCAAGUAAUGGUAAGUUGGAAAAUGGGUCACGCUCAAAUGGUGUGCAUGAAGCCUCCAGCAACAGAGAAACCGUGACUAUUGCAGAUGGAGAAGCAGGGCUCAAACCGAUUGCAACCAUUGGCGAUAGCGCAAGCAGCUUGGCAAACUGGAGUGGUGCUCUUGACAUUUCCAAUGGCUGCAUGAAUAGAACUGAAGUUCAUGAAAUUGAAGUUGAGAAGGAUGAACAUGCCACAAAGGGCAAAGUGAGCAUCGAAGAGUACGAUCUUGAGAAAAUCCUGGAUGAACAAGAAACUCAUGACCUGUACUGUCCCAACUGCAACUCGUGCAUAACUCGAAGGGUGAUUCUGCGGAAGAGAAAGAGGACAGUAAGACAAGCGAUACACGAUGAACCACCCAAAAAACCACAGCUUGCAGAGCCUUCUGCUAACGCUUCAAACCAAAGUGCAGCUGAAAGACAUGAUCAAGAGUCACCGGACGUAUUCAGAUGUUUGUCAUGCUUCACCUUCUUCAUUCCAACAGGCUGUGGUUUUAACAUAUUCCGUAUAUUUGAAAGGAGGGAGGUGAACCAACAAGUUCAGGUUCAGCAUUCUUCUGCUUCACGUGAGAUGUCUGACAAUUGUGGAAGCUGGCUUCUUUCUUGUUUUCAGACAGUAGAUAGUCCAAAGAAACCAGUUGAUGCAGAUCCAGCAAAGCAGCCACUAUUAAGUGGUUCACAGAACACCAAUGAUAAAAUUUCAUCGGUUGAAGACAACACAUCAUCUGCGCAUAGUCAUGCCACAAUUGGAGAAACAGAACAAUCGAAGAAACCACUACAAGCUGGAUCAUCUUCCAUAGUCCAAACCACCACCACAAAGAAUGAAGAAAUUAAACAAUCAUUUGGUGAAUUCCACGGAGCCACAUCUUCAUCAGUAACAGUUCACACAUCAUCUUCUACUACCAGCCAAAUCAGCUCUUGGCAGAGCGAAACAGGAUUCAUGCGGACGGAGGAAAGACAUAUGGUAACUGUGCAGCAAGAUGGAGCACACCAAGAACAAAUUCCCCUCUCAAAGCCUGAUGGUAAUGCUGUGACUGAUUCCAUUCACCUAGAUCUCAAAGAAGAAAACACAACAGCAGCCUCUGAGAACAACUCAUUUUUCAGCCAAGAAUUUCUUGACUCUGAAGUUAAAGUCCCAACUGUAAUCCCGACAAAAGUUUCAUCAGAAGUUGACAAUCUGACGGGUGCAAAACCAACUUCGGUUAUUCCUCAACCAGUUCAGCCCGAAGUUCCACCUCAUCUAACAUUGUCGGUCCCUGAUGCUGAUGUACCGGUGACACCAGUUCCAGUAUCAGCUCAAAGGGAUAAAUGGGAUAUACUGAAAGCCAUAGUGUAUGGUGGCCUAGUUGAAUCAAUCACGAGCCUCUCUGUCGUAUCAGCGGCAGCAGCAAGUGGCGCCAAGACAUUGGACAUAUUCAUUUUGGGCAUAGCAAACCUUAUUGGUGGACUUCCUAUCAUUUUCCACAAUAUUGCUGAUCUGAGAAAUCUGGGAGAUGUGAAUGAAAACAAUGAGCAAGUCGGACAGUACUGGUUGCAACUUGGAAGGCGAUCAAAGUAUCGGCUCCACAUGUUCAUAGCCAUACUGUCAUAUAUCAUGUUUGGGCUGCUACCACCGGUCAUCUACGGGUUAUCAUUCAGGGAGAGCGACAACAGGGAUAACAAGAUGAUGGUGGUUGCCGCUGCAUCUCUUGCGUGCGUUGCGCUGCUAGCAAUCGGGAAGGCGCAUGUAAAGAGACCCAGGACAUACAUCACAACGCUCCUCUACUACCUGUCGAUCGGUUUGAGUGGUUCUGGGCUGUCGUAUGUCGCAGGCGUGCUGAUCACAAGGCUUCUGGCACAUUUUGGUCUGAUUGAUCAAGGUGGAUCGGCCCCUACUGCUGCUCCUGCUCCUCCAAGUCUGCUGUUCCCUGACGCAAUGGGCGCAGGGGCAACCGCCUGGGCCUCCAAUUAAAAACAGUUCCUUUGUUUUGGCAUCUGGAUGGAGACGCUAUCUUUGACUCUGUUGUUGUUUGGCAAAAAGAGUUCACUGGGUUUUGAUGCUUUUCGUAGCACCCAGGCCACUCAACUGUCUUUUUAAUUGAAUCUUGUGGGUUUCAUCUCUAGUCUACCCUAACUUGUUAGGGACAAAGGCUUUAUUAUUGUUGCUGUUGUUGUUGAUCAUAUUAUCA